AAGAUCGGCUACUUAUUAAAAGAUUUUCAUUUUUCUACGGAGUCUGGAAGAGAUAGAUGUCGAUGUGAAGAAAGUUCAAAGCAAAGAUGAAAGUGAUCGCUGCGGUCUUUCUGUGGAUUAUGAUUAGCCAUGAAGCUAGCGCCCAGUAUAGGGGAUGUCGAAAUCCCAACCAUCGAACUGGACAAUGUAUUGAAAUCACUCAGUGCCCCACCUUGAACUCCCAAUUGAUGAAGAGGAGCUUAACCGAUUCCGAGAGGCAGUUCAUCAGAGCCUCACGAUGUCCAUCUGAUCAGGGCAACCAGGUUUAUUUUUGCUGUACUCAGGAUAAAGGCUAUUUAAGGAUUCCUCCUGUCCCACCCCCGACAACCGCCUUUGCGUAUGAUCCGAAUUUGGUUCCCGGUAAAAAUAUUUGUGGAGGUGAUGUCGUGCAGACCCAAAUCCUUGGGGGGGAUGAAGCCCUCCGCACUGAGUUCCCCUGGAUGGUGUUGUUGGAGUAUCACAAUGGAGAUGAUAUUAAUACACAUUGUGCCGGAUCGCUGAUUAGUAACCAAUAUGUUAUAACAGCAGCGCACUGUCUGGACGAAGAAUCUAAGCGCAGUCCCGGAAAUCUUCGAUCUGUGAUAUUGGGCGUACAUAACAGAAGUUCCCUUAUUGAUUGUCAGGGAGGGAGAUGCGAACCCGGCGUUAUGAGGGUGGACAUCGAGGAGACGCGGAUGCACCCCGAUUAUGUCAACGGAUCCGACAACUCCGUCCACGAUAUUGCCCUGAUCCGUUUAACAAAAAAGGUUUCCUAUACACCUUACAUUCGACCUGUUUGUCUACCCUCGACCAAGGGCGUGAAAGGCUGGCAAUCAGGUCAGCUGUUCUACGCAGCAGGAUGGGGUCGGACGUCGUCAGGUUAUAUGAGUGAGACCAAGCAAAAAGUGGAGUUAAACUUUGUGGAAAAAGCUAGGUGCAGCCGCAGGUGGCUUCGAGAUGGCGUUAACUUGACAGAAACUCAGAUAUGUGCCGGCGGUAAGGAGGGAAAGGACACCUGCCAAGGGGAUUCCGGGGGACCACUGAUGUCAUUUCAAGAAGGAGUCUGGGUUCUGGGAGGUAUAGUGUCCUUUGGCCACAAAUGCGGUCAGAAGGGUUGGCCUUCUAUCUAUACGAACGUUAUUAUGUACGAUGACUGGAUCAAGAAGAACAUGAGGCAUAGGGGAUGUCGAAAUCCCAAUUAUCGAACUGGACAAUGUAUGGAAAUCACCCAGUGCCCCGCCUUAAACUCCCAAUUGAUGAAGAGGAACUUAACCGAUUCCGAGAGGCAGUUUCUCAAGGCCUCCCGCUGUCCAUCUGAUCAGAGCAACCAGGUUUUUGCAUGCUGUACCCAGGAUAAAGACUAUUUAAGGAUGCCUCCUGUCCCACCCCCGACAACCGCCUUUGCGUAUGAUCCGAAUUUGGUUCCCGGUGACAAUAUUUGUGGAGGUGAUGUCGUGCAGUCCCAUAUCCUGUCGGGCAUAGAAGCUGUCCUUACUGAGUUCUCCUGGAUGGCAUUGUUGGAAUACGUCUCGUUAGAGGGAAAGGAAAUCAAAACGAACUGUGCUGGCUCGCUGAUCAAUCAGCAAUAUGUUUUAACAGCAGCCCAUUGCGUGACGGGGAGGAUGUUAGCCAAUCGUACACUAGUCUCUGUGAGAUUGGGAGAACACGAUACCAGAACACCGUUGGAUUGUCGUCAAGGAAUAUGCUCAUCGAACAUUGUGCGAAGGGGGAUCCAGGAGAUACGCUGGCAUCCGAACUACACUAAUUUAUCCAUAUCCUCCCCGCACGAUAUUGCCCUGGUCCGCCUGACGAGUAAGGUUUCCUACACGCCGUACAUUCGACCUAUUUGCCUGCCCUCGACUGUGGGCGUGGAUGGCUGGGAAGUCGAUCAGCUUUUUAUUGUAGCAGGUUGGGGUUAUACUCUGGAAGGCACAACCAGUCCCACCAAACAAAAAGCGGGGGUCAAACAUGUGGACAACUCUUGGUGCCGUCGCCGAUUUGCAGAAGUCAAUGUUGACGUGGAAGAAACUCAGAUAUGUGCCGGCGGUGAGGAGGGAGUUGACAGCUGCACUGGUGAUUCCGGGGGUCCACUAAUGGCAUUCCGUAGAGGCGUCUGGGUCCUGGGAGGCGUAGUGUCCUUUGGCCGCAAUUGCGGACAGAACGGUUGGCCUGGAGUCUACACGAACGUUGCCAAGUACGAUGACUGGAUCAAGCGGAGCAUGAGAUCAUGAUCAAGAAGGUAUUUCUGGGGGUUCUGUAUAUAUAUAUUUGGUUAUAUGUAACAAAAAAUACCAUUAUCAAAAGCCUCUUAUCAGUAUCUGUCUUUAAAAUAAUCUUCAAUGAAAUUAACCUCAUGGCUGCAUUCUGCGGUGUAGGAAUUCUUUUUCUUGGGCUUAAUCAAUCUGUCAUUAAAUGAAUUAAAACAUU